GCGGCGCCCAGCGGGCAGCGCGUGCGGGGCGGGCGCUGAGCCGAGCCCGGGCCAUGGCCGGCCUGACCCUGCUGGUGCGCGGCCUGCCCGCCUCGGCCCGCGGCCCCGGCCUGGAGCAGCUCUUCGGCCAGCUCGGCCCGCUCAAGCGCUGCUUCGUGGUGACCCACAAAGGCAGUGAAACCUGCCGUGGGUUUGGCUAUGUCACCUUCUCCCUGCUGGAGGAUGCCCAGCGAGCCCUCAGGGAGGUCACCACCUUCGAAGGCCAUGAGAUCAAGGUGGCUGUUGCGAAGAAGAAGCUGAGGGAGAAGAAGCAGCGGCAGCCGGACGCCUCGGAGACCCCUCCAGAAGAGCAGAAGCCGAGAAAGCCGAAAGGGGCCCCCAAGAAAGCCAGGCUGAUCAUCCGCAACCUGAGCUUUAAGUGCGCAGAAGAUGACCUGAAGGCUCUGUUCUCUCCCUUUGGAGCUGUGCUGGAGGUGAACAUCCCCAGGAAAGCAGACGGGAAGAUGCGGGGCUUUGCCUUCGUUCAGUUCAAGAACAUCCUGCAAGCGGGGAAGGCCCUGAAAGGGAUGAACAUGAAGGAGAUCAAAGGGCGCACGGUGGCCGUGGACUGGGCGGUGGCCAAGGAUAAGUACCAAGCCACGCAGGCAGGACCUCCCUCCGGGGGCAGGGAGGAGAAACCCAGCCAAACCCAACAGCAGGACUCAGGCUCCGAGAACGCCAGCGAGGAAGAGGAUGAAGAGGAAGAGGAAGCGCUGGGAUCGGAUGAGCCGUCCAGCUCGCGGGUGCCGGGACGGCUCGGGAAGGGCACCGCGGCUGCCUGCACAGACAGCAGCGAGGAGGAGGAGGCCGGCGAGGCUGCGGACGAGGCAGAGGACGGGAGCGAGGUGGAGAGGGAAGAGCCCGAGGGCUCGGACGAGAGCGCCGCGGGCUCAGUGGAGGACGAUGAAGACGCCGACGUGGCCAGGAAGAGGAAGAAGGGCCCGAAGCGACCGUCCGAUGUCGCCGAGGGCAGGACUGUCUUUAUCAGGAACCUGGCCUUCGACACGGAGGAGGAGGAGCUGGGCGAGAGGCUGGAGCGGUUUGGGGACCUCAAGUACGUCCGCAUCGUCCUGCACCCGGACACGGAGCACUCCAGAGGCUGCGCCUUCGCCCAGUUCACCACCCAGGAAGCCGCCCAGAAGUGCCUUGAGGCUGCCCAGGACGACAGCGAGGGCGGGGGGCUGCGGCUGGGCGGCCGCCGGCUGCACCUGGACCUGGCCGUGAGCCGCGACGAGGCCCAGAAGCUGCAAGCCCAGAAGGUGAAGAAGCCGACGGGCACCCGCAACCUGUACCUGGCUCGGGAAGGCUUGAUCCGGGCCGGCACCCAGGCCGCCGAGGGCGUGAGCACGACUGACAUGGCCAAGAGAGUGCGGUUUGAGGAGCUGAAACGGCAGAAGCUGAAGGACCAGAACAUCUUCGUGUCCCGCACGCGGCUCUGCGUCCACAACCUGCCCAAGGCCCUGGACGACAAGCAGCUCCGGCAGCUCCUGCUGCGCGCCGCCGGCGGGGGACCGGGCCUGCGCAUCAAGGAGUGCCGGGUGAUGCGGAACCUGACGGCGCCGGCAGGGAAGGGCCGGGGCCAGUCUCUGGGCUACGCCUUCGUGGAGUUCGAGAAGCACGAGCACGCGCUGGCCGCCCUACGCCACACCAACAACAACCCGCAGCUCUUCGGGCCGCACAAGCGCCCCAUCGUGGAGUUCUCGCUGGAGGACCGCAGGAAGCUGAAGCUGAAGGAGCAGCGGGCCCAGCGCAGCCUGCAAAAGCUGAGGCAGAAGCAAGCGGCAGAGGGGCAAGGACCUCCCCGGGGGCCUGGGCCUGCAGAGACGCCCCAGAAGCUGCCCCCGGGCCCCAAGGGACAGCAGAACCCCAGGAAGCGGGACCCCUCGGGGCAGGGAAACGCCCCAGGUCCCCAGGGGCAGAAGGACCCGAGGGGCCCCAGGACGCAGGGUCCUAAGGGGCAGAAAGACUCCCUGGGCCCCGAGGGGCAGGGAGACGCCGCAGGUGCCAUGGGGCAGCAGAACCCCAGGAAGCGGGGCCCCGAGGGGCGGGGGGCCGGCACCCCCUGGGCUGGGUUCCAGACGAAGGCGGAGGUGGAGCAGGUGGAGCUGCCGGACGGGAAGAAGCGUAGGAAGGUUCUGACGCUGCCGACUCACCGGGGGCCCAAGAUCAGGCAGCGCGACAGGGGCAAGCCGGCCGCGCCGAAGAAGCCGAAGGCCCAGGCCAGCCAGCGGCGGCAGGAGAAGCAGCGGGUGGCGCCCAGACAGGCGCCGGGGAAGCGGCGGAGGCCGGCGGGGGGCCGGGCGGAGGCCCGCUUCGACCAGCUGGUGGAGCAGUACAAGCGGAAGAUCUUGGGCAGCGCCCCGAGCGCCCCCGGGGCGAAGAGGAGCAAGUGGUUUGAGAGCUGAGCGCCCCGGAGCCACCGGGGGGGACUGUCACGCCGCAGAGCAGCGCCAGCCUGCGCCCCGCAAGGGGCUCCGUGUGUGCCGGGCGGUGCCCACGCCCUGCACCUUCCCUCACCCAACUCUGCCACCCCACGGCUGGGCGGGGGGGCACCACCCUCUUCCAUUGGUUUCUCAGAUUUUUAUUAAUUUAAAUUUUCCUUUUUUUAACCUGGAAAGAACCAGGUCUCGU